GUAUAUAUAUUCAAUCAACCUAUGACUUGCUAGCCUGCACAGAAAUUAAGGCAAAAACAAGAACUCAACCAAGGAAAUGCCAUCUUCAAUCUCACUCAUGCUCCUCCCAUUAUUCACAGUUCUGUUAUCAUCAGCUUCAUUAUCGGCUGCUGCUUUAUAUCAUUCGAUUGAGGAUGAAUUCUACCAGUGUGUAAAUCUUCAUACUGAUCUUUCCAUACCUUCUUCUGGUGCAUUUCAUACCCCAGAUAAUGCUUCCUUUGCCUCUGUUCUGGAAUCUACUGCGAUGAACCUGAGGUGUUUGGCGCCAUCUAGGCCUAAGCCUGAGCUUAUUUUCACACCAUUGACAGAAUCCCAUGUUCAAGCAGCAGUUAUUUGCGCGAAAGAGCUCAACAUUCUGCUCAGAGUCCGCAGUGGAGGCCAUGAUUAUGAAGGCGUUUCUUAUACUUCUGCGACAAAGUCCCCGUUUAUGAUGAUUGACCUUGCCAAACUUCGAUCCAUCAACAUUAGUAUGGAGGAAAACAGCGCCUGGGUCCAAGUAGGCGCGACAAUUGGCGAAGUUUAUUAUAGAAUUUCGCAGAAAAGCAGAACCCGUGGUUUCCCAGCUGGUCUUUGUACAAGCUUGGGAAUUGGCGGUCACAUAACAGGAGGGGCAUAUGGUCCGAUGAUGCGAAAAUACGGGCUUGGAGCAGAUAAUGUGGUGGAUGCUCGAAUAGUUGAUGCAACAGGGAGGAUUCUUGAUCGUGCAUCCAUGGGAGAGGAUCUUUUCUGGGCAAUUCGAGGAGGCGGAGGAGGAAGCUUCGGAAUCCUCCUUGCUUGGAAACUAAAGUUGGUUCCGGUACCGGCAACUGUGACAGUUUUUACUGUUCCAAGAACUUUGGAACAAGGAGCAACUAAACUUCUAUACAGGUGGCAACAAGUUGCUGACACUCUUGAUGAAGAUCUCUUCAUCAGAGUUCUCAUAAGUGCUGCGAAUUCAACUGGUCAGAAAGGAAAGAAGACAAUACAAACUGCCUACCAGGCUUUGUUUCUUGGAAGGGCAGACAGACUGCUAAAAGUCAUGAAGAAAGGCUUUCCUGAGUUGGGAUUAACACAAAAAGAUUGUCUUGAAAUGAGCUGGAUUGAAUCAGUUCUUUACGUUGCCGGCUACCCAGGAACUAUAAAGCCAGAAUUUUUGCUUCAGGGGAAGCCACUCUCUGACAAGACUUACUUCAAAGCCAAGUCAGACUUUGUGAAAGAGCCCAUCCCAGAAUAUGCAAUGGAAGGAAUAUGGAAAAUGUUUCUGCAAGAAGAUUCUCCGUUCUCAAUUUGGAAUGCUUAUGGUGGAAUGAUGGGAAAAAUUCCAGAAUCUGCAACUCCUUUUCCUCACAGAAAAGGGAGAAAAUUUAUGAUCCAGUGGCUGACAUCAUGGCAAAGUGGAGACAAGAAAACUACAAAUAAACACAUUGGUUGGAUCAGAAAAUUAUAUGACUUCGUAGCUCCUUAUGUUUCUAAGUGCCCCAGAGAAGCUUAUGUGAAUUACAGGGAUCUUGAUUUGGGAGUGGAUAAGUUCAAUGGUAAGACAAGUUAUCUGAAAGCAAGUGUUUGGGGCAGUCAAUACUUUAAAGACAACUUCAAAAGACUCGUACAGGUGAAGACAAAAGUUGAUCCUGAUAAUUUCUUCAGUCACGAACAGAGCAUUCCAACGCUUCAUUCCUUCUCUGAAGGAGAUGAGAAGAAGAUGAUAAACUGAACCAUGGCUACAUUUGAUUACUAGAACAAGAAAGGAGAUGACUUUGACAACGAAGAUCUGAUGAACUUUUCUUUUUUAUUCUGUUUCCUUGUUUUCUGUUUUUCAUUGUUUCAAAACUUCCGAGUUCCAGUACCCGACAGACAACACGAUGCAUUGCAUCUUGAGUAUUCUCAUUUACUUUCUCAGGGCAUAGGAGUAUUGAAUGCUUUCCUGUUUUUCUCUUUAAGAAUAUCUAAAAUCAAAUUGCAAUUCAUCUUCCUAUUCUGCUGGAUGGCUUCAA